AUGUCCCCAAGCGCGUUUUUGCGUCCAGGCUCUUCUGCACUGGAGUACAAGAUGCACCAGAUGGUAUCCAGCAGCGGAAACCCUUUUCAGAUUGAUGCUGCCCUACUUCGUGGCGUGUCCUUGCGCUCGACACUGCGGGGCCUUGGCUGGAUCUGGCGAUUGCGUCCAGAAGGAAUGACAGACCGAACGUGGUGGCGGCUUUGGCAGACAACACGUUCAGUCUGUGCAUAUGAUGUUUUCAUUUCGCACACGUGGAAGACCUCAGGAACAGAGAAAUUACUGGCACUUCUGCUCAGCACUGGUUGGCCAUUCGCGCUUUGCUUGUGGUUUCUUUCUGUGGCAGCUGCAGUGGUAAUCCAAUGGUCCUGGUUGCUGCCCAUGCCUUUUUCACAUGAGGUACAUGUGAUGGGCUUUGUAGCUGACUGUCCUUUGGGGCCAUGCGCAAUGCUGGCAGGGAUGCUGGCCUUGGCUCUAGCCUUCAUUGCCGUGCCGUAUGCUCCCCUCCCAGCGCGUGAUGACUGCUUCUUGGAUGUGGCCUGCAUCCACCAGAAGGACCCGGGCCUGAAGGAGCGAGGGAUCUACAGCAUUGGUGGCUUCUUGAAACAUGCCAAAGAGCUGCGAGUACUGUGGACCCCGCCUUACCUCUCACGCCUUUGGUGCGUCUUUGAACUGGCUGCCUAUCGGGUGGCCAAUCCCACGGGGAAGAUCACCCUUGCUCCGAUUUUCAUAGAACACUCGGUACUGGUGUGCACAGCUGUUCUAUGGUGUUCAGCCUGGUGCUAUUUCGUGGCCAUGGCUGCUGGUCUUCCUGAAGAUGGCGUCUUUAGGAGCGAGGUAAUACCACUAGCUAUCUCGGUGCUACCCCUGGCUGGCCUUGUCCACAGGCUCAGGAACCUCUUCAGUGCCAAGCGCCAGCUCUUCGAAGAGCUCAGGAAGUUUGACCUGGGCUCCGCGCAGUGCACUGAAGUCUUCGACUCACUCUUUGUGCACUCGGCAAUCCAAAGCUGGUAUGGCAGUCCGGAGGAAUUUGAGAGCUUCGUGAAAGGUCCGCUUUUGCAGGAGGUUUCGGGGCACUUCUCAGCAACAGGGAACUUGCCUUUUGCCUACUGCCUCCUCCUUGCAACGGCACCUGUCACCGUAACCAUCGAUGAAACGAUUUCUUUAUGGCUUGGAGGCGCGCCCGGCACCGCAGUGCUUUCCUCAGUCAUCGGCCACGUCUACGGCACUUGUUUUUGUUGGUUUCUGGUCAGCAUCAAAUUUCUCUACUACCUCUGCGAUCGGUUUGCCGUGGCUCGGGGGACGGGAAAAAGGUCAUACCUGCAGACCAUGCUGAUCUUCCUGUCCUUCUGUGCCUGCUACAUUGGUGGGAGUUUCGUCGGAGGGGUGGCAUACCGCAAGAGCUUAGAGGCAGCACUGGCCCAUGCUGUGGGUUGCAGCGCGGCAGCAUUGGCCUGCCUUGGCAGGCCCAGGCUUUCCAAGCGGCUGAGCCGACUGUGCUCAUGUGCCCAGCUCUCUAAAGAAGGCUCCACAGAAGAGCCCUGA